AUGCGUACACUUGCGGUUAUCGAUGCUUCGGGUGUUUUUGGAUUAAAUAUACAUCAAGUUAAUUAUUCCAAAGCUUUCAUUCCACCUUUAGUAGUGGCUGAAUUGAAGUGUGAAAACAGUCGGAAUCUCUUUUCCUUGCAUGAAUACAACAUAGAAGUACGUGAACCUCAACCCAACUUUCUUAAAGAAGCUCAAGAAACGGCUCUACAACUAGGAUACAGUGCUCUUAGUCUGCCCGAUAUUCAUGUAGCUGCUCUUACUCUAGAGAUAUCUAGAGAAGUCAACUCAGCCUUCUCUACUUGGAUUACUCCAGAUAUUCAACCAGACUCAGAAGUUGUUUGUAUUACCAGAGACAGAACAUUAAUCGGACUCCUCCAUAAACUCGGUCUGAUGAACUUUGAUGGGUACACGAAAGAAACCCGGCAGUUCUUACAAAGAUGUUACACCUGCACUAAAAUCUACAAAGAUACGACCCAAAUUGACUUCUGCAAACACUGCGGCCAUAAGACAGUCACUCGUGUAGCUUACUCUGAAGAAAACGGCCAAAUCAAACUACAUCUUAGUUCUAACUAUGUGCAUAAGGAGACAAAACUUACUUAUCGUGGCAAAGAGAUCAAGUGCCAAGACCAAAAGGAGUAUCGCUGGUACCGAGCUAGUCAGCGCAAGGAGGCUAAACAAGAGCGACAACAAACUAAAGCCCUUUUAGAUGAACAACAAGGCUGGACUAUUGAAUAA